AAUGAAGCGAUACUAAUAAUUCAAAGACAUGAAAGAGCACGGCAAGGCAGAGUGAGAGCUCAAUUCAUGAGGGAGAUAAAGAGCAUGAAAGAAAAAAGCAAACCAUUGCAAGGGGAAGAUGCGGGGGAGGGAGAAGAUGAUAAAUCAGGUGGGAUAAGUUUAGCAGCUGCAUUGAGGAUCCAGAAAAUCUGGAGAGGAUAUGUUGCACGACGAACAACGCGUAGACGGAAACUAGAAGAAAUGAUUCUCAUUGGAAUGAUUCCUCCGCCUAAAACGAAGAGUGCUGAUAUCGAGAUAGAUUUACAAAAUAGGAGGAGGAGAUGGGAGUUGCAAGAGAAGAGGCAGAAGGAAUAUAAAGAGGCUGUCGAAAGUUGCAGAUCUAAUUUAGAGAAAAAUCAAAGAGGGCCCGUUCUUGAACAACUUAGUGAUCAAGUAAGAAGUUGGUUACAUGAAUACAAAACACAAACAGGAAAAAUUCCAGAGUUCACUGGAGAAGAUCGAAGUUCAUCCAGACUAAUGCUCAGUAGACAAGGAACAGAUAGCGACAUGAGCAAAUCUACGCAACCGUCGUCAAAGGAAUCAAAAACGAAAAAAGACAAGAGUAAAUCUAAAGAUAGCAAAUCAGGUGUAGAUGAAGAUGAAGAAAUGACCACGAAAGCGAUGGUUUCAACUUUCGUACCUGAAUUGAAUUUUCGGAAGGAAGAAUAUGAAGAAAUGUGGAAGGAUAAAGAUGAAACUUCCAAUUUUCGACAAUAUCAUUAUAUAGAUAUAAUUGAGAAUGAACAGAUGACAGCCAUGGAAAAUGAUUUACGAGAAGUUGUAGAUGACAUGAUGAGAGCAGAGCUAGAACUAUUACAGGAAGCCUUCGAUAAGGAUAAGGGUCAUAAAGGAAAGAGAAAAUCCAGUAAAAAAUCGAGAAGAGGAGGAAAGAAGAGUAAAAAGAAGAAAGAAAAAGAUUUGACACCUGAUAGAACUACAGAAUCGUUAUUCGAAGAACUUGUUGCCAACGGAAUCAUCAAAAAAUGUCCAGAAGUCUAUCUUUCUGAAUUCAGAGGUGAACGUUCGUACUUUCCUCCAGCUCCAUACAACAUAGGAAAAGACCCUGCCAUAGCCCUUGGAGACAUCCGGCAGAUUUUGAAGGAGUACUGCAUCGUUCCUCUCUUAACACCUAAUCUACAUCAAUCUACACCACACGUGAAAUCCGUCCUUUUGGCUGGAUAUAAAGGGAGUGGAAAAGAUAUGCUGGUGCAAUCUAUAUGUACUGAGGCAGGUGCAGUACUAUUCGACUUGACCCCAUCAAACAUCGUCGGGAAAUAUCCGGGCAAAUCCGGAUUAAUAAUGCUCAUUCACUUAGUUAUGAAAGUAUCCAGACUCUUGCAACCUUCAGUGAUUUAUAUGGACUGUGCUGAGAGACCUUUUGUCAAGAAGAUUCCAAAAACUGAUAAAACAGACCCGAAAAGAUUGAAAAAGGAUUUGCCAAAAAUGAUCAAAAAUUUCAGUCCAGAAGAUAGAGUUAUUUUGAUCGGUUCCACCAGCUGCCCCUGGGAAUGCGAUCAAAAGCUUCUACAACAAGUAUACCAAAAAUUCUUGAUUAUUCCUAAGCCAAACUAUAGUUCGAGGUACACUAUCUGGUGUAAUCUAUUGAGUCAAGCCUUGGCCAUCAACUGGCAGUUCGAUGUUGGAUUGAUGACCAAAGUUUCUGAUGGAUAUACUGUGGGUUCACUCAAAAGUACAGUAGAAGAAGUAAUGACAGUUAAAAGGAACCUUCAGCUACGAAUUCAACCACUUAGCCCUUUAGAGCUAGUCAACGCAUUAUCCAAACGGAUACCUAUAUACAGGGAAGAAGAAGAAGCCAUGGAACAAUGGUGGACUAAGGUACCUACAGUAAAAAGAAGAGCCAGGGCUGUUGAGAUGCUUCUAGAAGAAGAGGCUGAGCUCCAAGCAAAACAAGCAAAUGCAAAGAAGAAUUGAGACCAACUUGAGUUACAAAAUAUAUUUAUAAUAAUAUGAAUGAAAUUAAGCUAUCAUUUAAUG